AUGCUUACGAUUCGGAAUUGUUUCAUUCUUCUGCUAAUCAUAGUGUGCAGUUACGGUGUUGCAAUCGGGACAUUCCAAUGUCCGGAUCGAUGCGAAAUCAGUUACAAACCGAACGGAUGUCCGCAUAAUUGCAACUGUGGGCCUGCAAAGAAAUGUCCACUGGUGACUUGCCCUGCAAAAGCACCCACUUGUGCCGUGUAUACACAACUCGACGGAUGUCAGACGUGCGCAUGCAGAAUACCGUAUCUAUUGGUGGAAUCUGAGAGUGAAAAGGAGAUACUGAAUGCGGGAAUCAUAUUUGUGAAUCGUAAAGAUAUGGUGGAAGUUCGACGAAAACUGCGUGAUGCAACGCGUAGACGCAGCUUUCGCGAUCGAGAAGUGCUGAAAACACAAGCAUGCACUAUUGAUUUUAUGGAGAAGGUUGAUGGUUGCCUGACAAACGCCAGCUACUUGCAUGAGGAACUCAAAAAGAAGGUAACUUCAAUGAUGCUCAAAUUCAUAUUUGAAGCAACCAAUCGUUCUGCUACUAUAUCGCGUUACGGUUUCUUCUCGUAA